AUGAUUGCUCCGCUCUCAAGCAGCAUGGUAUUUACUCACAGUAGUGAGAACAUAAUUUCAAUCGGCCUAAAUGCUCCAUUGUCUACAGGAUCAUCAUCAGUUGGCACUGGAACACUCACUCUAUUUAUAGCAAGCAGUUUAACAGGUAGCAAAUGCAAAUUAUCAUCACUAUCACAUCCAUUUAAAGUAACAGUAAAGCCUGGAAAAAUUCAUUUUGACAGCUGCACAAUGGAUAAGCCUUAUACCCAAGGUCCAGACUCAGUUGAUUCUACCCUCACACUCAGAUUUACAAUUCCAAAUUCUAUUCCUACAGGUGGACUAAUUAUGAUUGCUCUGGCACCAGACACUUGGAACUUGCAGCUAUCACCUCCUUUUGUCACAACUUGCCAAGGGGUAGGAUUUAUUGAUCAAUCCUCAACUAAGAAGCAAACAUGUACAGUAACAAGUACUGCAGUCGUCACUUUGUCUAAUUUUUCUCAAAUUGCUGCAGGAUCUUCUGUUAUUGUGAAAUUGCUCCAUUUGGUCCCAUCCUCCCCCUCUGAAACUUUAUUAACUUGUUUUACAUCCAUAACCACUUUUGAUGCAAAUGGUUAUGCUAUAGACUCUAUAGACAGUGAUAUAACGAACUCUGUGGUUGUUGCGCCCUCAAGUACCGUGGGUACUACAAGUAACAAUCUCGUUAUUUAA